AUGCCUGCAGGAAUUUUCAAUUCGACAUAUUACGGCAAGGACUACCGCGCCGGUGCGGCUCUCCUUCGCGCUCGUCGCCCCUAUCUCUUCAAGAAUGCUCUUACUGGACUCGGUCUCGUCGCUUUCACCAUCAGUGUCUGUACGUACUCCCUACGAACCCCACUUCUUGAGAAGAAGGCACGACGAGAAGCACGGUUUGCUUAUACAAAAGGAAAUUUCCCAGAUGCAUACACCAUCCGCGCAGUUGGCCAGGACGAAUUCUCCGACGUGAAGGUCCCCGAUACGCCCGUGAAACCUCAGCAGCAGAAGCAAUGA